CUUUGGAUUUAGGUGAGCCACUCGGGCCACUUGUUAUUUCUAGAGGGGUUAACAGUGUUUAUACUAUAGUAGAGUUGAGCAUAUAGUUGGAAACAAUCUUUAAAAAAAAAAGAAAUGUUAGUGUAUUAUCAAUUAGGCUACUGGGCUAGGGUGGUAAAUCUUAAAUUAAAGCUUUUGUCAAUGGAAACAGAUAGGCUUAACACUGAGCGCCAAUAGGAAGGUGGAGCUCACCAGCACGCUCAAACUGCACUCCUCCUCAUCACAUUCGUUUGCCGAAGAAGGGAAGCAGAUAUUGGAUUUUACCGAAGCUCUUUGGAAAUACUGCAGCUUCUUCUAGAAAGUGUCUAUUGAUACAGUGUUACUUAUCGAUUAUUUUCGAGUUCCAAUAAGGAGAAAUACAUUGAGUAUGCAUGGUUUCCUACCUGAUAAAUGGUUUAACGGGGAUCUGACCAGCUAACUAAAUCUGCUAAAUAUGGUCAGGACAGAUUCCCCUCGUAGGAGUGCUCAUUGAAACAAGACAAGACCUAGAACCUGACGGAGGUGGUCAGGGCCUCCCUUGCCUGACCAGGCCCCUCGGCAGGGGAUGGAGGUGCUGCGUCGCUCCUCUGUAUUUGCUGCUGAAGCCAUGGACGGGUUUGAGCGCUUACCAACUGACAAAGAGCUGAUGUCCCAGUCCAAGGCUCUGUGUAGGGACUAUAUACUCUCCAGGCUCCAUCUGGCUGGACUAGGGUGGUCCAAGGCUGAGCUUAACCUCCCCAUGUCCAGUGGAUCUCUCUCAGAGGUUUCAGCAGUGCUCCUCUGUCUCGGUGACGAGCUGGAAUGCAUGCGGCCGAGUGUGUACAAGAAUGUAGCGAGACAGCUCAACAUCUCGGUCUCCAUGGAGAGCAUGGUGACUGACGCCUUCCUCGCCGUGGCAGCGGAGAUCUUCUCCACAGGUAUCACGUGGGGCAAAGUGGUGUCUCUGUAUGCUGUAGCUGGGGCCCUGGCAGUGGACUGUGUACAGCAGGGCCAACCGGCCACAGUUCACACCAUAAUUGAUAGCCUGGGCCAGUUUGUCCGCAAGUUCCUGGCCCCUUGGUUAAAGAAACGAGGAGGAUGGAUGGACAUAACAAAAUGUGUGGUCAAAUCGGAUCCCGCCCCUGAACCCCAUUGGCUGGCCUCUAGUACAGAGUCCUUCAAGUACCUCCUCACUACAUUGUAUGUUUAUAUCAUGAAGGAACAAUGACAGGCAGCCCUGGAGAGACUGUGGAUGAAUAAUAUUCACCUGAAGGCUUGAAGGGGGAAACGGAAUGGAAGGCCUCACUUAUGGACUCUGCUGGUUGAGAUCUGUGAUGGCUGAAAGUCAGUCACAAUAGUACCGCAGUCAUAUUCUCAUCGCUAGCCGCUAACUUUGACUACCCUUCAUCCAAAGAGUAGUCGCAGUGACUGUCACACGCGUCAUCCACAAUCAGGUCAGAUCUCUUACUCAUUUGUUGUUUAACUAUGGAUCAUGCCUCCGCUAUCAAAAUCUUUCAGUGGUGCAUUCAUUAGGGGUGGAUGUAUCUCACUGAAGGAGAGGAUCUGUCCUCUGUCUGUACAGUCACCUGAUGGUCUUGUUUCAUCUGACAUGUAACAGAUGGACGUCCGAUGAGUCACUUCGCAUCUCAACUCGCUCCCCAGUGCCUGAGGCUCACUUCCUGGGCAGUUGGGAUGUUGGGUGAAUCAUAGAAUGUUUCAAUGCAAUCUGGGAUGGUAUCCUGUUCUGUUGCACUUGGCCGAUUUCUAAAUUUAUCUAUAUUUAUUCAGUUCAUAAAAGGGUCUAAUGCUAUGAGAUGUUUUAUAAUGUUAGAUAUUGUAUCCUUUGAUACUGUCUGUCUAUGAGUACUGUCUGGGGCUUAUUUCUUUAUUUAAACUAAUGGUAACCAAGGUCAGUGCAGAGAGAGAUGCUGGUAUUGACUGGUGGUAAUGGUUGUAUUGAUCCGAUUGGAGAAUGUAUGUGAUAACUUGCACAGUAUUGUUGUUGUGAGUGUUUGUAUGUCAAAACAUUUAAAAUCA